AUGUUCGCUAUCGCGACUGGCUUUCUCGCUGCGUGGGCAGUGGCCCAUGCAGCUCCCAGUGGAAAAUCUGCUCCCACUGUCACUGUUCGCAAUGGAACCUACACUGGAGUGCAUAGUACAAGUCAUGGCCAGGAUUUUUUCUUGGGUAUGCCUUAUGCGCAGCAGCCUGUGGGUAAUCUGCGCUUCACCGUGCCGCAAUCACUGAAUAAGAGUUGGGAUGGGUCACGCGACGCGAAAGAAUACUCAGAUAUUUGUGUUGGAUACGGGACCGACUCUAUUUGGUACCCGCAAUCUGAAGCCUGUCUUACCUUAAACGUCAUCCGAGACUCGUCUGUGAAGGAGAACUCCAAGCUCCCUGUGGGAGUCUGGAUCCAUGGCGGUGGCUUCUUCAUGGGAUCGGGGAACGAUCAGCGGUACAACAUGUCUGCUAUCGUUGCAAACUCUUACAAGAUUGGUAAACCAUUCAUUGCCGUCACUCUGAACUACCGACUCUCUGCUUGGGGGUUUAUCAGCUCGAGUGAAGUGUCCGGCAGUGGCAACACCAAUCUCGGCCUACGAGAUCAAAGACUUGCACUCCACUGGAUUCAGGAGAAUAUCGCUGCCUUUGGUGGUGAUCCUACCAAGGUCACAAUCUGGGGCGAGUCGGCCGGUGGCAUGUCAGUCGGCUAUCACUUGACCGCAUAUGGAGGCCGAGAUGAUAAACUGUUCAGAGCUGGUAUCAUGGAAUCCGGAGGAUCCAUCUCAGCCAAUGCCGGUAACUUCACGACGUACCAGUCCUCUUAUGACACACUGGCUGCUAGUGUCAACUGCUCCGACGCAGCGGACUCACUACAAUGCUUGCGGGAGGUUCCUUUCGAAACCUUAAACUCGGUUCUGAACGGGACCGACGGCUCCUCCGACUACAACUUCUCGCCUGUUGUAGAUGGGGAUUUCAUGCGAAAUUAUGGCAGCGUCCAGUUGAACAAUCACGAAUUUGUCAAGGUCCCUAUUAUCUCUGGAACGAACAUGGAUGAAGGAACCGCGUUCGGACCGACGGGAAUCAAUACCACCGAACAGUGGUAUGAGUAUCUCACAGACGGCUCAUUGGGCAAGCAAUUACCUACAUCCAUCGCGAAGCGCGUCAUAGAACUCUAUCCCGAUGACCCGUCACAGGGUAUUCCGGCAUUCCUUGGCGACCAACGUGUACCGUCAAUGGGCUACGAAUGGCGACGCACCAGUGCCUUCGCAGGUGACUUCACCAUGCACGCCAAUCGACGCCGACAAUGCGAGGCGUGGUCCGAGAGCUCAACGCCGGCCUACUGUUACCGAUUUGACGUACAUUCUGCCGAUGUCCCGCUCAUCGUGGGCGCAACGCAUUUCGAAGAAGUCUCUUUCGUAUUCCACAACAUUGCUGGAUUGGGCUACCACUACGGAAAGCCUUUUGCAGGUGUGCCACAGUCCUAUAUCGAUCUCAGUACCAUGAUGACGAGCAUGUGGGCUUCAUUCAUUCACGACCUGAAUCCGAACUCCGGCGUGGUGAAUAAGUCAAUUCAUUGGCAGGCAUAUGGAAAGGAUAAACCGGUCGAUCUGCUCUUCAGUGCCAAUACGACCAGCUAUAUGGAGGGUGAUACCUGGCGCAAAGAAGGGAUUGACUAUAUCAAUUCGAUUGCAAAGGCAGUCUGGCGAUAA